AUGGCGGGGCAGACUCCUGUACCUGGAUGUACCUAUCAUCAACGUAUGGGUUUUAUCUACAUAUGUAAAACUUGUGACGAUGAACUGAUCUGUACAGAUUGUGUUUUGGAUCGUCACAAUAAACACGACCUAGGGAAACUGACGGAUUAUGUGUCGGAACAAAAACUUCAAAUCCGACGAUAUCAGGAAAAACUUUCCAGAAACGAUGUUCCAAAGCUAGAGAACGAUAUCAAGGAAAACGAUGAAAACUUUAAGAAAAGCAGCAGGCAAUUCUGUAAAAUGAUUGAAGAAAUCACACGACAAGGAAAGGAAAUGAAAAACGAAAUCGACAGACUAACUGAAAAGUUAGUGUUACUGUGUAAAAAUAUAGAAAAAAUAAACGCAGACAUUACUGAAAAUAACAAGACCGCACUAACGAAACACAUGGGAGAGGAAGUAAGACCUCAGUUAGACAGGUGUCUGCAAGUACUGUCUUAUGGUGUCACUGAUGACGUCAUCACAGUAGCUAAACAAGUCAGGGAUAACUCGACAUCACCACCACCAGUCGGAACCUUAAAGACGGGAGUCUUCAAACCUGGAACUGUCCAGACUGGACUACUGGAGUGGAUGUUAGGUACGGUACUAGUUGACGGGGAGAAUCCUGAAUACCACCCUACCGCAAAAUCUUCUCUUGUUUCAAGUUUCGUAACUUCAUUCCCUUUCACGGAUAUACGUGUAUGUAGUACAGGUGACGAGGCUUGGUUAUCGUUCUGUAAGGGAGAUAAAAUACACCGUGUGGAUCAAAAAGGAAACAUUAAGGAGAGGAUCGAGUGUAGAGUCAAAGUCUAUUCAAUCACCGUCUCGCCGACCACGGGGAGGGUGUGGUUCUUUGUAAUGGAAGGCAAAAGUAUCAGGGAAUGUACGUCGGAUGGUAAUACAUUGAUACGUUUUAUGGUAAAAUCUGUCCUGUGGUCUUUGUGUAUCACACGAGAAGACAUGGUGGUGGUGGGAACUAGUGGAGAAAUAGUCAUGUUCACUACAGACGGACGGAGGGUGGCAGAUGGACAGGACCGUGUCUGUAGACAGGAGGCGGUAAUUCCCGUUCGCCUCUCAUACUGUACACAGACCGGUGAUGUAAUAGUUGCUGACGUUGACGGUAUAGGCUGUGAUGACUACAUGGCUGGUAAGAAACCAGGAAAACAACCUCGGGUCAUUGUGAUGAAUAAACAUCUAAAACUGAAGUUUAAAUGUCAGAACAUUGAUGCUAUGGAAUCACAAACAAGUGAGAGUCGGCAGUCCAAGUUCUAUCCCACUGAUGUUUGCUUUGAUGGAGAUGGUGAUAUCCUGGUGGCGGAAUUGGUGACCAAGUCAGUGGUGCUGAUAGACGGGAACAAAGGACACUCCCUUAGGACCAUAUAUAUCCCUGAUGAAAGGAUACCGUGGAGUAUCAGUCUACAUGAUGCCCGUACCCUCUGA